CUGUUGGUGGCGUGGAAAAGCAGCGUGAUGUUUGCGUUCCACAACGUACGACCUGAACACCUCCCCGUUGGUCAAACCAGCGCUCUUCAUGCUCAUAAUGCCUUCAAAAGUAUUGAGCAUAUUUGAGUGGGUCUCUACCCAUUUUACAACGGCUGCCAUCGCACUCUUGAUACCCGUAAUACUGCUAGUCUGCCUCCGCCGGCCAGGUCAAGAUGAGCCACCGUCACUUCCCGAGGUCGUGCCUUUCAUCAGCAACACUUAUCAAUACAUGACGGAUAUCAGAAGACUUAUGGAGCGUGCAAGCCGUUCAAUGAAUCACAGCAACAUCGUCAAAUUCUACCUAGGACCAAUGCGCGUAUACUUUGUACAGGGGGGAGAGAGCGUGCAAGCCAUGUUUCGAUCGUCUACCAGCAUCAGCUCGAACAAGUUCAUUCUACUGGUUAUGAGAAACCUGCAAGGGUCCGCCCAAAAAGACGUCGACAAGUUCGCAAACGACCUCUCGGGGCGGCAAAGGGUACCUGCACCCGGCUACGAAAACACACCGCAAGAGGAGCGAUAUUGGUACACUUUGCAUCACAUUACCGUUGAGCAUCUAUCACGCGCAGAGCCCACUGCUCAUUUGGCAGAGACUUACACAAACUUCUUUAACGAGGCAUUGGAAAAGCAGCCUGUGGGCCAGUGGGCGACCGUUUGUCUUCUGGAAUUCUUAAAGAAAGAAAUGUGUGCGAGCGCCAUCAGGUCGUUCUGCGGCACCGAGUUACUGGAGAUGUUUCCGGACUACGUUGAGCAGUUCUGGCGUUUCGACAGCAUCGCUUUUCAGGUUGUGUAUGGGCUUCCAAAGUGGAUCAACAGCGGUCCGGUAAAUGAACGCGAUAAGUUGAACGGCAUGACGCAGAAAUAUCUGGGAAAAGCCUUUGCAAAAUUCGAUUGGGACGGUCCUGCGGUUGAUUCCAUCUGGGAGCCCACGUUCGGAUCAAGCUACGUCCGCAAGAUGACCAAAUGGCUACACGACACAGAUAUGGCUCCGGAGACUCAGGCCGGCUUCUACAUGAUUGCGAUAUUUGGAAUAAACGCGAAUACAAUACCAAUCACCACAUGGGCGAUGAUUGAGCUCUUGCGAGAUCAGGAGCUAUUCCAAGCAGUUCGCAGCGAGGCCCUCGAGACCCUCAAUGUGGAUCCCGUCACCGGGAAUCGGACCUUCAAUGUAUCCAAGCUCAUCUCAAUGCCGCUGAUGCAGUCUAUCUAUACGGAGUGCAUGCGUCUCCACGUCUCCAUUGCGCUCUCCAGAGAAGUCGUCGAGACGACCACGCUUCAUGGCUUCCGCUUGGAGAAAGGCUCAAUGAUUCAGGCUCCGACGCAUCUUGUGCACUUGGACGAGCAGAUAUGGAGCCAGGAAGGGCAUUCUGCUUCUGAGUUCUGGGCAGAGAGACAUGUAAAGCAUGUGAAGAAAGUAGAAGAAGGUACUAAUCGACUUACCACCGAAAAGCAGUUUGUAUUGGCUGGAAAAACCACUGAGUUCAUCCCAUUUGGUGGUGGACAAUCCAUGUGUCCAGGGCGGUUCUUUGCCAAACAAGAGAUUCUUCUCACAAUCGCCAUCCUAGUCACAAAGUUCGAGAUGGAGUUUGUUGAGUGGACAAAUUUGGACGGGUCCAAGUCUGAUCGACCCCCUGUGGAUGAUGAACGGUACUUUGGUACAGCUGCUGUACCUCCGGAUCGCGAUGCCAAGGUACGGUGGAAGAAACUCUGGUGACUUUUUUAAUUACAUCUCUUCUUAUGAGUUGGUGCGUGAAGUAAGAUGUGAUAAGUAAGGUGAAUAGGUCUCAAAAUCACAUGUUAACUUAGGCUGUGGGUGUAUGUUCGCAACUUUGCUCUCUAGUGAGUUAUGAUUUCUGCUAAAUGUGUGCCUUAUGUACUAAUGAUAACUAUGAACAUGAAGGGAAUCCCACGGUGACGGCUCAUACUUGCGAAGUUGUCGUCGGCAAUGAGACGGACACUGCUCCUCAAGCGUCACUCGGAAGGAUAGAAGGGUCAGCAUUCUCGACCAACAUCUGUACAUACUCAUCGAACCAAGCACCAGCCCUAGGUGCACCCUCAAGACCACAGCGUCCGUCGCUCUCGCCACCUGGCUUCACCCACACAAUGGAGUCAAUAUGGGUGUUGUUCACCGGCGUGCCAGGCUGCAUACCGAACCCGGCUGGAUGGACAUUGCACCAUUCACCCCACUCGGCUCUGCUGUUGGAGACACGGCCUUGGUCGAUGAUAAAUCGCGAUGGCAAACCUUCAGCCUCUAAGUACGGAGAAAGGGAUAGCGCGUAGUUGUUCUCGUCAUACGAGUUGCUCCAUUCUGUGUAGUUGGCGCGGGGGUUGGCGUGGAAGGGAUUGUAGUUUGAGACGUUGGUUGAGAAACCGCGGAUCUUGGUGUUAUUGCCGGCUUUCUGGACGACCUUGGCGAAGAGCUUCGCGGCUAUGAUCAUUGUCAGUAAUUCAUGUCGUCUGAAAGUGAGUAUUUUUCAAUCACGAGACUUACAAGGCUCUAGGUUAUCGUUCCAGCCUAGCCAUCCACCAUGAGCAGCAUCGAUGUAGAGGUUGACGUGGUCAUACUGCAAGCUUGAAAUAGCAUACGCAAUACCAUCCUCGUACACCGGUUGCGCCUUGGCACAGAACUCGAUUCCCAAGUUCGUUACAAGGUUCGCCAAGGAAUCCGGCUCGAGAACAACGGCAAAGGUCAAGUCACUGGCAGCAGCCAGCUUCUCUGCGUAUGGCUUGACAAAGGUCUCCUUGUACAACUCAAGCCCGUUGUUCUCGCUACUAAAUUCGCCAGCACUCUCUCCUGCACUGCAAUCUCUGUCAGGGAGGUCGUAGAGUACCAGACCAAUAAUUUGCUGCUCGCCCGUCUUAGACUGUACGGCACGGGCUCGCUCAAUGGCCGUGUCGAUAUUUGCCAGACCAGCAACGUCUGCAACCCAGACGAAUGUACCGAUAUCUUGAAUGGUUCGGACCUUGCCUGCAUUUACGGUGUCACCCUUGGCGACGAAGGCAUCGUGCGUCUGUUCAAGCUUAUUGGCCCAGUCUGGGUUGGCGUAGAGCUUCUUCCCGUCGAAGGGAUUUGUUGUGUCGUUGCCGGUGCCUGCACGGCGGAAGUGAUGCCUUCUCGUACCAAAGCGAGGUGAUGCCGAUACUGCUCCCAGGGUGGAAAGAAGAGUGAGAAGUGAAGCGAAACGCAUUUUGACGAUUGUCUGAACGAGCAGCUACUCGACCGGCGGGUUUGCUUGCGUGGAUAUCAACUCAUUCGCAAUAGCUUCUCCGUGUAGCCAACUUGCUGCUUCUUAUACCCCGAGAGCUGGUCCAGUGAUCACAUUUGCCACGGCAGUAUCUCUCCCAUACCGGAUUGAACGUCGCCAUGUCAAGAACGGAGCCAAAGGCGCCUCGCUACAAUGCGACGGUUAUGAUUAACCCAAGGGCCGUCAACCCAGUUCUCCGUCCGAGAAGCCUAAUUGAGAGAGGAUCGACGCACGAUCCAGGGCAAAGCGCCUGACUCGAUGCAGUAUGCGAUGGUGAAAUGUGAGAAAUAGAUUGCAGGCCGAACAAUCGUUGGGUUCCGGCUGCCGUCCCUGGCAGGUGGCUGAGAUCUGAUUUGUCGGGAAAUAACAAGAUGCUCAAAUUGCCGAGCUAGGCCAAGAUCCUUGAUUGGAACCGACGGCUUCUCUUCCGAACUCCCAAUUCGGAGCCACGUACCUGGCCGCUCACCUCUGGACAACUGGCCUUUUGGACUUUCCAUUCUGAGCCUGUAACACAACGGCACUAAGAUUGAAUGUUUCAAAAGCAUGACUUCCUAGCCAUGGAGAGUUGUGCACGUGAUAUUAGAUACUGCUUGAUUCGGGAUAUCGGGCUAUCGAACCGUCAACCCACAAGGGUCAAGGACAAUUAUACACCGUAGUCUAUUUCCAGAUCCAUGAAGGUUCCCUGAUUGUAUUACUGCUAUUUGUUUCUGAUUGUAUUAAUCAGUUAAUCAGACGGC